AUGGAAAAUACAAGAAGUGAUGGUACAGCUGAAUCCUCAGAGGCUCGCAUGAGCCGAAUGAAACAAAUGUUCGCAUCCCUAACUGAAGCAAUGUUACAACAGCAAAGCCAACAACCUCCACCUCUACCGCCCCCUCUGGUCCAAGCUGAACCAGAUAACAAUGACUUCAUAAACCUAACUCAAAAGUUCAUGAAGAUAAAACCGCCAACGUUCUUUGGUGGUAUUGAACCAUUGAAGGCAGAAACAUGGUUGCUCGAAAUGGAGAAAUUAUUUGAAGUGUUUCCUCGUUCCGAGACUCAAAAAGUUUUACUGGCCACAUAUACUUUAAAAGAUGAAGCCCGAAGAUGGUGGUUAUUGAUCCGAACUAAUAAUGGAAAUAUGACAUGGACUCAAUUCAGCGAGAUCUUCUACGAUAAGUAUUUUCCUCAGUACUUUCAGGACCGAAAGGUUUCUAAAUUCAAGGAACUCAAGCAAGGCAACAUGUUUGUAGCCGAGUAUGAGGCUAAAUUCACAGAAAUAACUCGUUUUGCUCCUCAUAUGGUGGAUACGGACUACAAGAAAGCCCACAAAUUUGAAAGUGGAUUGGAUCUGGAUGUGUUUGAUCGAGUAGGCGUUCUGAAGUUGCCUACAUAUGUGGAAGUACUUGAUAGAGCAUUGAUGGCAGAGGCCAACCUGGCAGCAAAGAAACUAGUUAAAGCGCCAACAACAGAAUGGAGAGGUAAAAGGUCUGGGUACGGUUUUAGAAAGGGUCGUUCUUUUGUAAACAAAAAGCAAAACACGGGAUCUACAAGUAGCUCAAGUCAGAGCAGUAGAUCUAUACCAGUUUGUUCUGAUUGUGGAAGGAAACAUAGGGGUGUAUGUUAUCGUGCAUCCGGUGCUUGUUUUCGGUACGGCAAGAUAGGCCAUGUAGUGAGAGAUUGCCCCCUUAGAUCUAAUAAGGUUGAUCGCCCUGCAACAAGUUCACCUCGGAUCUGCUCCUAA